AUGACCGACACAAAGAAGGAAGUGAUCAACGAACUAUAUGAUGCCACACUGCUGACAACCGGAGCCGUCGGAGUAUCCUACCUUGCCAAACCGGUUACUGGAAAAAGUCUCGGUGCACCGAUGACCCUGGAAGGAGCGGCGAAGUUGGCUGUUGCCGUAGCCGGAAGCGCUUUUACCAUAGGGUAUCUGAAAGAUAAGGGAUACAUUCCAAAAACGAUCGAUAAAUAAAAAAUUACAUCCGUUGUAGUCGGAGGACUGAAAAACUUGCGAAAGCAAAGGAAAAGUUUUAUGAAUCCGAAGUGAAGCGGAGGAACGACGAAGCUCGACGUCGGGCUGAGAUCCUGGAUGCUAACAAGGACAUUGAGGAAACAAAUAGAGCGCUGGAAGAUUUGAGAGAUUUUACGAGACUCAUGGACGACUCGGCAUCCCAGCGGAAACCAAAAUUGGAAGAUUACUAUCAACCGUCGGACGAAAUGAAAAGGUACGCGAUGAUGACGAUGGGUAUUUUAUGA